GCACUAGCGGUUGACGAUGCACGCGCCAGCUGUACGGCGGUUGGCCAGUGUUUGGCUCUGUUGUGCCGGCUGGAUCGGGAUGUUGCGGCAAGCACAGCUAUGUGCGGGAUGUCCGAAUAGACCACCAUCGACAUCUGAUCGGUCGACAGCGCGGGCCACCACAUUAUCGCCAGUGAACUCUCCCGAUUUGAACGACAUGGUGUCGGAAGCGCUGAAGCACCACCUCCAGGACGACCGGAUCAUUUUGACGCGGCUGGCAGUGAGUGAGGCCGUGAGGGACAGCGUGGUAUCCCGGCCCCGGCUCGGGGAGAAUGUGACCUUCCGCUGCGUCGUGCCGGCCGGCAGUGACGGGCGCGACGUGCUCUGGCUGCACCAGGACCGCACCGUCUACGAAGCGGACCAAGCAGUUCCGUUGCCGGCGGACGACGUGUCGGGACAGGAGUACCAGUUCACCCGCUCGCACGACACCCUCUUCCUCACCGUCCUAAAGGUCACCCUGCGCUCGGGGGGCUCCGUGCAGUGCGCCGCCGCCCCCUCCGGCCCCGCCUACACCCCGGACCGCCGCGUCCUGCAGCGGUACAUGCUGCUGCCGCUGGUCACGCGCCGCACCGACGUCUUCGCCCCGCCCAACGCCACCCACCUGACCGCCGCCCCGGGCCAGAGCGUCACGCUGACGCUGGACCUCCGCCUGCCCCUGCCGGACGCCAUCCUGCACAACAUCCUCAACCACGUCCUGUGGCGCCACAAAGGGCGUCUGCUGCACGGGCCCACGGAGCCGCCUUACGGUCCGCUGCUGCCCGGCGAGGGCCUGGCGCAUGCCAGUCCGCGCGGCGAGCGUCACCGCCAACCGCCCGACAACCGCCCCGGAAUGCUGCACCCCAUCACGUUCACCUUUGCAUCCGUCACCCCGGAACAUGCUGGCUAUGUGGAGUGCUUCCUCCGACCGCAUCCAGCCGUGCACGAAUGGAUUCUGCAAACGACGGAGCUGUUUAUUGCUGAUGAUGCGACUCACACGCGGACAACUCAUGCGCGCUGA